AUGACUGCCAAGGGCUGCAGCCACGUUAUGGCAUCGUCUGGACAAGACGACGGCAGUUUGCCGUUGAAGCCGGUGGCCAAGAAGCCCGGCAGUAGCACGCGGAGUAGGUCGGCGGCGAGGCCACUUGGCGCCCGCCCGCUGAGCGAGUCGGGACUGCCGACGCCAUCGGGCAAGCGCGGGCCUGGCAGGCCGCGGAGCUCGGGCAGCAAGCGGGUGGCGUACUACAUCUGCUCACACCACGGAUGCCAGCAUGUGGUGCCGAUCGAUCUUGGCGAGCGGCUGAUGCACCGGCACGAGGCAAGGUUCAAGGAGCACGCGGAGCACUUUGCACAGCACAGCGAGACUUGCCUCCGAUGUAAGUCGCUGGUCGAGGCCGGCGAGUGGUCCGCCACCGGCGGCGGGCGCGACGACUUUAUGUGCCGCCACCUGGGGUGCGGGUACUACUCGUCGUCGCCGCGGCCGGCCAACCGAAAGCAGGCUGUCGAGCGGCACGAGAAGGCCUUUCCCAUCCACUACCACCACUUUGACACCUGCCGAGGCCAGUGCGAUCUGUGUAAGAAUCUGCUGGAUUCGGGGACAUGGCAGGCCGACGCCGGUGAGGCCUGGCGGACUCGCGACAACAACCAGGUCAAGGCUCGCCUGACUACCAAGGAGCAGCAAAACACGGAGACUCCGACUCUGGCCUCACUGCGCGGCCGCGAUGACGUCAUCCUCAUCCGGGUCAAGCCCAAGAAGCCCAAGGUGUCCAAGGCUGCCGCGGCGCGCGCUGCGGCUGCAGCUGCCUCUGCCGCCGAAAAGGCCGGCGGCCCAUCCAAGACCAAGCAUGGCUCGGCCUCGCGGAGCAAGUCCAAGUCGAUCUCGCACUCCAAGUCGUCGUCGACCUCGCCGCCGCCCACCACCUUUAUCAAGCCAUCGGCGCGCAAGGCGAAGCCUAGCUCACGAGGCAAGAGCAAAGCUAGCCAGCUCGCAAGCGGACUCACGGUUGGCCGCGCCAAGUCAGACUCGUCGGCCGCCGUGGCUGCGCUCCGGCUACUGGCGCUCAACGCGCCGAGCACGGGACGGACGGCAAGCUCACGCUCGCCGCCGGAGGGUGAGGAUGGCGAGAAUCCAUCGCUGCGGCGCCGGGCGUCGGCGCUGCCAGCGCUCGAGGUGGCGAGUGGCGGCGCUGGCCGGACCGAAGCCAAGGGCCGCGACGCCGACCCUGCACCAUCGCCGUUGCUCUCGCUGCCGUUGCGGCGCAAGAUCGUGCGCGCGCCCAAUCCGCCGCCGCUGGAGACAAUGGAGACGCUGGACUCGUUCUCGUUCUCGGGCGAUGGCGACUCUGUGGCGUCGCCGAGCGAGGCCGAGUCCAUGGCAGACACGCUCGAGGCCGCAGCGUUGUCCGGCGGCUCGAGCGGGCUCGAUCUCGACGGUCUUGCAUCGCCGCCGGGCAUGGCGGUCAAGCGCUCGCGCAAGCGCGGGCUCGACAUCGAGCUGCCACCGACGUCGUCGCCGCCGACCGGCUCGCGGCCAAGCUCACGGCCGGGCUCAUCACUCUCGUCGACCGGCUCGACCGGCGGUCCUCCAAGCAAAAAGCGACGGCCGCUCGUCUCGCCGGACCUGCCGUCACUCUCAUCUGCGCCGGCGCUGGUCCGCGACGAGCCGGGCGGGCUCGAGGCUGCGCCGAUGCGGCUCGAGCUCAAGCGGACGCCGCCGGUUGUGCUGGCAUCGUCCAACGAGGUGGCGCAGCUGACCCGUGUCAUGAGCCUCUCGCGGCCGGACCUACUCAACGUGGUCAAUGCGCACGCCGCAGGCUAUGCCGCUGACAUUAUGGCCGGAAGCUCGUCGCAGACGCCGCCCACUGUUCGGGCCUCGCCUUCCGGCUUCCACUCCCUAAGCGCCAAGCGGAGCUCGGCAUCGCCCUCGCUCGCAGCCAUGCGCCUCUCAGUUGGCUCCGAGUCGUCAGCUGGCCAGGCUGCCGCUACACUCGGCCGCUCCCCGGGCACCGCCGCGACCAUCCCUUCGUCGUCGCCGUUCAAGGAGCUCGCCUCCUCGCGGAGCUCGCCAUCGACGCCCUCGCGGGCACCUCCUUCUCUCUCACAACGAUAAUAAUUGCACAUCACACUUUCGCCACGCCGCG